AUGUCUCAGAAGAGCUGGGAGGGGAGAGUCUGCAUGAACCGAGAGGGCGACAUGGUCUUCUUUGGUACACGGCGAGCUACGGGGAAGGGAGAGUGCAAAGGGCGUGCUUCUAAAAUAUCAUCAACUCGGAGGGCGUGCAAAGAAUGUGUCCUUCACAGAGCUGAUACCGCGGUAUGUCAAGAGGAAGAGUUUAAGAGAUGUUUCUCACCGUCAACACGCCGUGUGGCUUGCAUCCGAGGAUCUGCCACACGACCUCAGGCUGAGGCAAUGCUAUCCAAAAGCCCAAAGUCGAAAAGGUCCAAAAAACCAAAGAACAGCCCAAAUGCUAAACAAUCCUCCUCUGAAACCAAGGAGUCCCAGGACGACAAUAAUAUGAAUCAAUUGCUGGGUGUCACUAUAGCAGCCAUCAACGUCACACGAGACCUCGUACCUAUCAACCUGGCGAAAGGUAUACUUGGAACAGUCGCCAAUAUCCUGAUGAUUGUGCAGUCAGUGAUCAAGAACAAGUCCGAUUUCCUGGCAAUAGUCAAAAAAUGCAAGACCAUCUGGGAAAUCCUUGAAAGAGUGACCAAAAACAUUACCGACGACAAUCUACCAGGAUACUUGGCACAUGCUUUAUUGGAGCUUAACUCAUCAGUCAACGAUAUCAAUAAUGAAGUAGUUUCAAGGAAGGGAAAAGGAUUGUUGAAGAGGUUCUUCUCUGCCACAAUUGACCGUGACCAGGUUGCUAGUUGGGAAAAGGACAUAGACCGUGUCCUCGUACUCUUUAAUACUGAAGCUAUCACUGGCGUUGCUAUGAGGGUGGAAAGACUCGCUUUAGGACUCGACAGCAAUACAACUGGCAAUACAACCGGUGUCAAUGUUCUAAAGUAUCACCCAACUGAGCCUCCAUCACGACCUUCCAUGUUUUAUGGCCGCAAUGAUCUCAUGGCAGAGUUGACGACCAUCAUUGUCAAUGGUGAACAUGUUGCAUUGAUUGGCCCGGGAGGCAUGGGAAAGAGUUCUCUUGCCAAAGCCAUCCUUCAUGAGCCACUUACCAUCGAAAAAUUUGCUGAUAGGCGCUUCUUCGUGACUUACAAUGGCCUGGAUCCUUCGACUAUCACAUUCGAAACUUUUAUGGCUCAUUUUGCGGGAGCCCUGGGCAUAGAGAUCGCCGGCACUGAUACUUUGCGCCCAAUAUCUACCUUUCUUCGCUCCUCAAGUGCACUUGUUGUCUUUGACAAUGCUGAGACCUUUGAAGAGGCCAGUGCAUCAUCGGCGCUCGGGAAAAUACCAUCAGUCAUUGCUGAAAUCACAUGCGUCCCUGGUACCAUCCUGAUUCUCACAUCACAUAGUAGAAGGAGUGCACCGAAUGACUUAGAUUUCCACCUGCUUUCCAUCAAUUUACUUGCAAAUGCUGCGCAGCAAAACGGUUGGUCUCCGGUCAUGCUGAUGGAGAGAUGGAAGGAUCGGCACAGUGCGGUACUGGACCAUGGCGAGGGAAAGCUGCAAAGCUUGUCAUACACCAUGCAGCUGUCACUCAGCUCGCCGUCAAUCCAGAAACUCGGAGAGGAGGUUUGGCAUGCGUUGGCUAUCAUUGCCUUCUUACCCCAGGGUCUCAACGAGGCCCUGUCCAAGCGUAUCUUGCCAUCCACCCUGCAAAUUGACACUAUAUGUGAUGUUUUAUGGAGGCAUUCUCUUGUUUAUCGUCAAGACGGCUUCGUCAAAAUGCUCGCACCCAUUCGACAUUAUGUGCAAGAUUUGUUGCCACUACCUGACUCCACAUGUUUGCAAGAGAUACGCACCUUUUACUAUGAUACUGUCAGACAGUGUUCAGAAGAACGAGAUGGUCAUGCUGAUAUCAUUACCUCGGAUCACCUCAACAUUGAGCAUGUUAUUGCUUUCAACCUCCCCUACAUCCCUGAAGUGACUUAUCCCGCUUGCUGGACAUUUUUGCAGUGCUUGAAGUGCCAUCUCCCUCUCUCAACUUCCCUUACCCCCGCUAUUUUUAACAUUGUCGAGAACUCCUCCAUGCGAACGCCCAAAGCACACUGCCUGUGGAAUCUUGGCUGGCUCUACAUGACUCUUUCUCAGCACACAGAGUCCAUGAAGGCCUUCAAAGCUGCUGGGGCACUCUGUCUUGUCACCGGCAAGCAUGAAAUGGCAGCCGAAUGUUUUAGAGGGCUUUCAACGCUCCAGUCGUGGGAAUAUCUCAGUAAAUCAACGAAAGCCAAGGUUUGGUUUUUCUUAGAUACAGCCCGGAUGUACACAUCCGCAACAUCUAUGGAUGAAUUAUUUGUGAAGUCCUCAGAAGAUGAUAUCUGGGGCUUGCGGUCCAAGCUGUGGUGCUGGCGGGCCAAAUUUUACUAUGGGGGAGACAUUGUCCAGGUGAACACGCACUUGGAAGACCUUUUCCUGCAAUGCACAAGUUCUGGAGAUUUCGUCCGCAGAGACGCACUUGAAGGACUUGCGGAGGUAGCAUUUUGCGAAGGCAGGUUAUCCAAAGCCAUGGACAUCCUGCAGACAAUCGUAAAGAACGAGGGACAACUUUCACAUGAUAUCCCCACCAUCUUGAAGGCCCUUGUUGCAAGCAAGCAGGGAAAUCAUGCCCUUGUGAGAGAGCUCAUCAACCCAGCCCCGGGACUACUCCAAUUCUUUGCGCUCCACACUGCAUUCGUAUUUCUCGUCAGAUCUUAUAGCUCAGCUUGCAUCGAGCUCACUGCAGGCGCAUACGACAGGGCCGAGUUUCAUUUCAUCGCCACCAUUGAAGGUUGCGAUAUCCAAGGACAUCUUAAUUUCAAGGCAUACAGCAAACGGGGACUAGGGGAGAUUGCCUUUGUGCAUGGUGACUUCACCUUAGCUGCAUGAUGCUUCAUGGAAACAUGGUCUUUGUGCACUGAGAUGGGAGUGCCUCUGCGACGCUUGUACAGUUAC